GAAAUAUUUGGGACCCGGCAAUUCAAGCACAACUUUGAGAGAAUAGAAGCUGAAAUCCUCCUUGAACCCAACUUCCUUUGGUUUCCUUUGCGAUGGAACAGUUUUCUGCCAUGGCUAAUUCUGAAGACCAGAUUGAUAUGGACGUGUUGAAAGUGUCAAAAUUCUCCCCAAAAGGGGGUCAGAAGGUGGCGUGGCAGCCUUUGUGGAUUUUGUGGACAUCAAGAGUGCCCAGAAGGCACACAACUCUGUCAACAAAAUGGGAGAUAGAGACCUUCGGACGGAUUAUAAUGAACCGGGAACCAUUCCUAGCGCUGCUCGGGGAUUGGAUGAUACAGUUUCCAUAGCAUCUCGUAGUAGAGAGGUUUCUGGGUUCAGAGGAGGUGGUGGUGGGCCCACGUAUGGCCCACCACCAUCGCUUCAUGCACGGGAAGGACGCUAUGAGCGGAGACUUGAUGGGGCUUCAGAUAACAGGGAGCGUGCUUAUGAACAUAGUGCCUAUGGACACCAUGAACGGGGGACAGGAGGAUUUGAUCGGACAAGACAUUAUGAUCAGGAUUACUAUAGAGAUCCUCGAGAGCGGACUUUACAACAUGGACUCUAUUACAGUUCUCGGAGUCGCAGCCCGAGCCGUUUUGAUGCUCAUGACCCCCGCUACGAGCCUCGGGCCCGGGAGCAGUUUACUUUGCCCAGUGUGGUACACAGGGAUAUCUACAGGGAUGAUCUCACACGGGAGGUACGAGGCCGGAGGCCAGAGCGGAAUUACCAGCACAGCAGGAGCCGGUCACCACAUUCAUCCCAGUCUAGGACCCAAUCUCCUCAGAGGCUGGCCAGCCAAGCGUCAAGGCCUACCAGGUCCCCUAGUGGCAGCGGCUCUAGGAGCAGAUCAUCAAGCAGUGAUUCAAUCAGCAGCAGUAGCAGUACCAGCAGUGACAGCAGUGACUCCAGCAGCAGCUCAAGCGACGAGUCUCCGGCCCGUUCAGUUCAAUCCACGGCAGUUCCAGCACCCACCUCCCAGUUGCUUCCAUCUCUGGAAAAAGAUGAGCCCCGCAAAAGUUUUGGGAUUAAGGUUCAGAAUCUUCCAGUGCGCUCCACAGACACCAGCCUUAAAGAUGGUUUAUUCCACGAGUUCAAGAAGUAUGGGAAGGUGACAUCUGUGCAGAUUCACGGAGCCUCUGAAGAGCGAUAUGGACUGGUGUUCUUCCGGCAACAGGAGGACCAGGAGAAAGCACUCAAUGCUUCCAAAGGGAAACUCUUCUUUGGCAUGCAGAUUGAAGUGACUGCUUGGAUAGGGCCAGAAACAGAGAGCGAGAACGAAUUUCGGCCUUUAGAUGAAAGAAUAGAUGAAUUCCACCCUAAGGCAACGAGAACUCUGUUCAUCGGCAAUCUAGAAAAAACCACCACAUAUCAUGACCUUCGCAACAUUUUCCAGCGUUUUGGAGGGAUAGUGGAUAUUGACAUCAAGAAAGUGAAUGGGGUUCCCCAGUAUGCAUUCCUGCAGUACUGUGAUAUUGCAAGUGUGUGUAAAGCGAUCAAGAAGAUGGAUGGGGAAUAUCUCGGAAAUAAUCGGCUCAAGCUGGGCUUUGGGAAGAGCAUGCCCACCAACUGCAUGUGGUUGGAUGGUCUUUCGACAACCCUGACGGAUCAGUAUUUAACGCGACAUUUCUGCCGCUAUGGUCCUGUGGUGAAGGUGGUGUUUGACCGCUUAAAAGGCAUGGCUCUCGUUAUCUACAAUGAAAUUGAAUAUGCACAAGCUGCUGUAAAAGAGACCAAGGGGAGGAAAAUCGGUGGGAAUAAAAUUAAGGUGGAUUUUGCAAACCGUGAAAGCCAGUUGUCAUUCUAUCAAUCUAUGGAGAAAACGGGUCAAGAUAUCAGAGACUUCUAUGAAAUGCUGGCAGAAAGAAGGGAUGAAAGGAGAGGAUCUUAUGACUAUGCUGCUGACCGUACCUACUAUGAGGCUGUUCGCACCCCAGGAACGUAUCCUGAAGAUCCUAGGAGAGAAUAUCCAGCCCGUAGCAGGGAGUUUUAUGCUGACUGGGAUCCUUACCAAGCAGAGUAUUAUGACCCACGGUAUUACGACGACCCACGGGAAUACAGAGAUUACAGGGGUGACCCUUAUGAGCAAGACAUAAGAGAGUAUAGUUACAGGCAACGGGAGCGGGAGCGAUUUGAAUCAGACCGGGACCGGGACCAUGAAAGGAGGCCCAUUGAAAGGAGCCAAAGCCCAGCUCAUUCCCGACGGCCCCAAAGCCCUGGAGCGUCUCCGUCCCAAUCAGAGAGGCUGCAGAGCGAUUCUGAGCGGAGGAUCUACAGCCGGUCCUCAGAGCGGAGCGGCAGCUGCAGCUCCCUUUCCCCACCCCGCUAUGACAAGCUGGACAAAGCCCGCCUCGAGCGCUACACAAAAAGCGAGAAGCCCGAAAAAGAGCGGGCCUUUGAGCAAGAGAGAACGGACAAAGACAAGCGCCUGGUAAGGAAGGAGAAACCAGAAAAACUUGAAAAGGAUAAAGCGGAGAAGCCGAAACGGAGGGCCAAAAAUCAUUCUCCCAGCUCUCAGUCGUCGGAAACAGACCCAGAAACCGAACGAGAGCCCACCCCUGAGAAGGUCAAAGGCAGCAGCAAAGCGAGUCGGGAGAGAGCAGAUAAAGAAGGAGCUGCAAAGAACCGUCUGGAGCUGAUGCCAUGCGUCGUCUUAACACGAGUCAAGGAAAAGGAAGGGAAAGUAAUCGAACAGCCUGCUUUGGAAAAGUUGCGUGGGAAGCAAGAAAACGACAUGCUCAAGUCUCCUUUGCUUGAACAAAAAAUGCAGAUUUCUCAGGCAGACCAAACCAAGUCAGAGCAGCUGAAACUUGAACCCGCCCGAGUGAAAGUGCCAAAAGAGAAGGUGCUUGCCAGUCACAUUGAAGUGGUCGAAAAGGAUGCAAAACUGAAGCCUAAGAAGCACCUGAAGGCAGAGCUGCCUAGUGAAGUGACUAACCCAGUAGAUCUAGAAAAGCUGGAAGCUCGCAAAAGACGCUUUGCGGAUGCAAACCUCAAACCAGAUAAGCAAAAAAUGGACUUUAAAAGGAGUAGUCAGGAGGAGGAGGAAGCGCGUGUGGUUUUGAAAAAGCAGAUUGAGUUAACAAGUAGUGAAUCUGAGAGAAAGCCCUUGAGGAAAGAGACUCUUAAAAGGGAAUCGAGGAAAACCAAGCAAGAAAGGCUUGCCUCAAUGACCAGCCCCAAAGAAGCUCAAGAGCCAGCUAGUAUUUCUCUGGGGAUUGGUUUACGGCCCAGUUUAGAGCUGCAGGCUAGGCUGGGGGAGCUACUUGAGGAACCCGGGGAAGCCCCGGAGAUCCCUGCAAGGAAGGUCAAUUCCAUCAAAUUGCAGCACAAGCAUGCACAGCUGUUAGAUGACCAAGGAACUGAGCGAGAGGACACAUGGAAAAACUACUGCAGUCUUCCCGAAGAAGUGCCCGACCACAAGCUAGCUCAAGAGAAACCUCCAUCAUCCGAUAUUGAGGAGAAGAUUCCCAUUGACAUUGAUCACACACAGAGUUAUCGGAAGCAAAUGGAGCUGAGUCGCAGGUUGAAGCAGCAAAUGGAAAUGGAAAUAGCAAAGCAUGAGAAGUUUGGCAGCCCAAAAAAAGACCUUGAUGAGUAUGAGAGGCGUAGCCUGGUGCAUGAAGUGGGGAAACCCCCGCAAGAUGUGACAGACGACUCUCCUCCCAGCAAGCGGAAGAAAUCCUCUGAUGCUUUUGACUUUGAAAUUAGCACAAAGAGAGAGAGAAACUACAGGAGCUCUCGGCAGGUGAGCGAGGACUCUGAAAGGGUGGCCUGUUCCCCUGGCCUCAGGCCUUUCGCUUUUCAUGAGGAUGAGGAGAUGCUGGAGUCCCCGAGGCUGGUGCCUGUGAAAGAAACCAAAGAGUCACCUAAAAUGGAUGAAAAGGGUCCUCCAUAUUCUAAUGUGGCUGUAAGGGAGGAUUCUUUGAAAUUUAAUCCCUACGACUCCAGCCGAAGAGAGCAGAUGGUAGAAAUGGCUAAAAUAAAAUUAUCUUCUGUGAGUUGUGAGGAGGAAUUGAACCGAUGGGAAUCCCAAGUGAAGCAAGAGCCUGGGAGGGUGGACAUCACCUUCCCAAGCAGCAUUGUCAAGAGAGAUGGCAUAAGGAAGCGGUCAAUACGGGACCUGGAGCCAGGAGAGGUGCCUUCAGACUCUGACGAUGAUGGCGAUAAUAAAGCCCAUUCUCCAAAAACCCCUUCGUUGCUGGAGAGCUCCAGGUUGUCUUUUUUAUUACGGGAGAGGGAAGAGAAACUUCGUGAUCGAGAGGAGAGGCUGCCAACCUCUUUGGAAAGGAACAAGUUUUAUUCCUUUGCAUUGGACAAGACAAUCACUCCCGACACAAAGGCCUUGCUUGAGAGAGCCAAAUCUCUCUCAUCCUCCAGAGAAGAGAACUGGUCUUUCCUUGAUUGGGACUCGAGGUUUGCUAAUUUUAGGAACAAUAAGGACAAAGAGAAAGUGGAUUCUGCUCCCAGGCCUAUCCCCUCGUGGUAUAUGAAAAAGAAGAAAAUCCGAACCGAUUCUGAAGGGAAGCUGGAUGAUAAGAAGGAAGACCACAAGGAGGAUGAGCAAGAGAGGCAGGAGCUCUUUGCUUCACGCUUCCUGCACAGCUCCAUCUUUGAGCAGGACUCGAAGCGCCUGCAACACUUGGAAAGGAAAGACGAAGACCUUGACUUCUUCUCUGGCAGAUUGUAUGGCCGGCAGGCAUCCCUGGAUGGGAACAUUGGCAUGUCAGACUUUGUGCCGGAGCCAGUGGUUCUCUUCCACAGCAGGUUUAUGGAGCUCACACGAAUGCAACAAAAAGAAAAGGAGAAAGACCAGAAGCCCAAAGAAGCAGAAAAGCAGGAGGAGAAGGAGAGUCAGCCCAAAAGCCCAGAAGCAGCAGUGCCUGAGGACAAAGUGGCAGAGCAUAAGCAUCAGCUUUCAGUUGGGCCAUUUCCAGUUUCUCUUGUGCUCCAAGAACCAGGGCCAGCCUUGCCAGAAAAGGUCACGAAUGAGAAGUUGCCUGUCAAUGCGCCCUCUUUGAGAGAAGAGAAGCCUCUGCCUGAACUUGGUCCUGUAGCUGAAGAACCAAAGCCACUUCCAGAACUCCUUGCUGCUGUCAAAACCGAACCACCUGAGCAUAUGGAAGCACCGCCAGGAAUAGACAACAAGGACCCUGCUCUUUCUGCAGCAACUCCUCCUGAGGAAGACUCUGUAUCCCUAGUGCACCCUUCCUAUUUGGACACAAAGCCACCCACGCCUGGAUCUUCUUUCUCUGAAGCGGACAUCGGCACAGAUCCAGAACCUGAAAUAAUCCCACCACCACCACCUCCACCACUCAAACCAGCAGCAAGGUCCGAGGAACUGCCUGAGCUGAAAGAAGAAAAUGUUUCACCAUCUCUGAACUCUGAGGCUGGUGCAGGGCAGAAAGCAGAGCCAGCUGUGGAGGUCCUGCCUCCAGUCUCCGACACGGAGAUGGAAGCCGAACCCCUUGUUGUCAUCAAAGACAAGAAGCCAUACAAGAAUAAACGUUCCAAAAACCCUGUCCAGACUUCAGUUGCAAACGUUGCAGAGAAGCCUGUCACAAGAAAGAGUGAAAGGAUCGACCGCGAGAAACUUAAAAGGUCAGGCUCUCCCCGCGGGGAGGCACUGAAGGUGGAAACAGAGAAGGUUUCAAGAAACGCUGCUAAAUCUCCAAGUGCUGCACCAGAGCCAGAAAACCCAGAGCCUAGCUUGCCAGUGGGCAGGACGAGGCGCAGGAAUGUGCGGUCAGUUUAUGCCACCACAGGGGACCACGAAGGCCCAUCGCCUAUGAAGGAUACUCUAGAGGUCACCAGACCUACCAGGAAAAGGGUUGAAAGGGAGCCACCAGACUCUGCCUUGACUCCAACCCCUCCAAGAAGAGGCAGGCCUCCCAAAUCCCGUCGCAAGCCUGAGGAGGAAGUCUCUCCUGUGAAGGCUGAACCAGCCAACCCAGAGGUAGAGGAAGCAGAACCGAAAGAGAUGGUGGAAGUCCCGAAACCCGUGGAGGGGUGGAGGUCGCCCCGGUCCCAGAAGCUGGCACACAGCCACUCUCCAGCAGCCAGCACUCCUCAAGCCAAGAAAGGGGGGAAGAACGAGUCGAAGGCUGAGAAUUUGGUGGAGCCAGAAGAGCCCCCUGACCUCCCUGGCCAAGGCUCGAAUGGAAGUGAAAACGGUAACAAGCCCAAGGUGGAGAAAGAGCCUCUUCUGAGUGACCAGAAGCGAGAUAGGAAAGAAGUCGAGCUGGAGAAAAAUGCCCCCGAAGCCUGCACCAUUGAGAUUGUGGAAAGAAAGCCCGUCUCUGAGAGAACUCCAAAGUCCAAACGUGGAAGAUCCAGGAAUGUCAAGGCCGUCGAUAAAGCCUCCUUGAUUAAGAGCUUGAAAAGCGUUGAAAUCCGGCUUAAUGUGGAUGAAGUCAAAGGUGCUUUGCGGCCCAGCGAAGAGGACAUGGAGCCUGUGCCGGCAUCGUCCCCCAAGAACAAAAGUCCCCGGAAGGAAGACAAAUUGUCACCACAUUUCAUAAAGACAGAGGCAGAAGACCCCUUCCAGGAAGCAGAGAAAGAUCUGGCUUGUGAGUCAACACAGUCUCCUGAAGCAGACCAACUGGCCAAGCAGAUCGAACUAGAGCAGGCCGUAGAGAAUAUUGCAAAGCUCACUGAAAGCCAGACGAUUGCAGCCUACAAGGAACAGGCGGCUGAAGUGUCAGAUGUUCGCCCAGAGGAAGACGGGGACAAGCCUGCUCAUCAGGCCAGCGAAACAGAACUCGCGGCCGCCAUUGGCUCCAUCAUCUAUGACAUCUCUGGAGAGGCUGAAAGUUUCCCUGCUCCGCCAACAUAUCCUACCGAAUCUGAAUCAGAAAUACCCGCAGAACCGUUGGUACUGCCACCCGCACGAGAAGAGAUGGAGCCUGAAACUGAUCAAGCCGUGAGCAAUAUCUUGGAGUCGGAAGCCACUUCAGUUGAGCAGCCCGCCCCACCGGGCCCUGGCACUGCCCCAGAGGCAGACUCUGUCAAAGAGGCGGAAGUGAGUGUAAGCGAAUCCUCCAAUUCGGCACAAGAAGCAGAAACCUUGCAAGAGGCCGACAUGGCUCGGAAGGAACGGGGCCGCCAGAAAACCACCCGGCCAAGGCGCAAGCGGAGCACAAGCAAGAAAGGGGAUGCAGUAGCAGAACCGAGGGCUGUUGAGCCCGAACGAGUACAAAGCAAAUCUCCAGUGGCUAACGAGGUUAAAGGGAAGUCAGAAGGAGCCUCGAAAGAAGAGAGUCAAGAGAAAAUCUCUCCUCUGGCUUCCCAGCCGGGUCCCCCUGAUGCCUGCAAGGCUGCACCCCUGGAGGAGGCUUCUCCAGAGCCUCCUGUGGCAGAGAGCACCCCCCUGCCCAAAGCAGUGGAUCUGCUAUCUCCGCCGCUUCCAGUUGAAGAGGUGAGCCAGAGUGGCUUCAAACUACAGCCGGGGGCUGACAGUGCUCCAGUGACUCCUCCGCCAAGCACCCCCAAUACACCUCUGCCAGCAGCAGCCCCAUCUUCAGCUGCAGCAAAGCCUGUCCCCGCUGGGUCUGCCUCCCUUCACUCCAGCACAGCAAAGGUGACUGAGUGGAUUGUGAAGCACGAGGAGGCCCGGGCCCGCUCCACCCCACCACCGGCUCUCCCCCCUGACACAAAGGCAUCGGAUAUAGACACAAAUUCCAGCACUCUGAGGAAAAUACUGAUGGAGCCCAAGUACGUCUCUGCAGCCAGCGUGGCAUCAACAACGCAUGUCACGACUGCCAUAGCCGAGCCUGUGAGUUCACCUCGUCUGGUGGACGAAGAUCCUCCGCAGCCUCCAGCAGAGGUUGUCCGGCCAGGAUCAGAAGACAAGCCAGCUGUCCCAGCCAUGAAUGCUUUGGAGCCGCCAGUUGCAGAGGCCCCAGUUUUCACCGAGAAAGAGAAGGUCAUCAGUGUCAUUGCUCCCAAGGCCACUUCUGUGAUAAGCAGGAUGCCCCACAGCAUUGACCUUGAGGAAACCCCACGGAUAACUCUGGUGAAGCAAGCGCCCCAGACGUGCCUAGUCAAUGCCCUCUCGCCAAAAUACAAGCAGAGGCCAAGUACCAAUGACAACAGCCGGUUCCAUCCGGGAUCCAUGUCCGUAAUUGAAGAUCGGCCGGUGGAGACAGGGUCCAGCCCGGGUCUUCGCGUCAACACAUCAGAAGGCAUCGUGCUCCUGAGCUAUUCUCAGCAGAAGACAGAAGGCCAACAGCGGAUCACAGCAAAGAUCAGCCAGAUCCCCCCAGCAAGCGCAGUUGACAUUGAGUUCCAGCAGUCAGUGUCCAAGUCCCAGAUCAAGCAAGAGCCUCUUGGCCCUUCUCAGCCAAUCCCAAAGGGCUCUCAGACGCCAACGGGGUACGGGAGUGUCUCAGCCCCAUCGUCCCUUGUGCUGGGAGCUCAGCAGUACAGCCCUUCCCCUGUACUUUCCUCCAUUAAGCAGGAACGGGGCAGCCUGGAAAAAUCUGAGCCCCUGCACCUCUCUGUCCAGGCGCCCACUUCUCAGUCGGGGCCAGUCAAAGUCCUUUCCCAGUCUGCCAACACUCCAUCCAUCCUCGUCCACAACCAGAUGGUGCUCCCACAGAGCAUUGCUUCUUCCACCAACAAAAAGCUUCCAGACCCAGGUGCCCUGAAAGUGGAGACCAAGACUCUUCAGCCAUCGAGCUUGAGCCCUGGGGUUGGGCCUCAUCACCCCUCAUUGUCUGGCAAGAUACACCCAGAGGCCAAUCAUGUGAGUGCAGGGCCCAGCACCCCAGCAGAGCGGGUGGUGUCUCACUUGGGGGUCACCAAGCAGGAGCCCCUCUCUCCACGGACAAGCGGGCACUCUCCGUCUCCCUUCCCAAGGGCUUGUCAUCCGGGUGGCCCUUCUUCCCCAGCCCUGUCUGGGAACAACUCCAUGCUAGGGAUCCAGGGUUCUCCUUGCCCUGGGAUCCCGGUGCCUCAAUACAUCUCCAGCAUGCACCCCGAGCAGUCUGUGAUCAUGCCCCCACACAGCGUCACCCAGACGGUCUCCCUGGGGCACCUCUCGCAAGGGGAGGUCAGGAUGAACACCCCUCCUCUGCAAGGCAUGCCUUACAGCAUCCGCCCCGAAGCGCUUCACUCCCCGAGAGCGGCUCUGCAGCCGCAGCGGUCCAGCACGCCGCAGCCAACCCCCAUCCGAGAGAUCGUCAUGCCACCUCUGUCUUCCCAGCAUUCCUCCGAAGAGGAGAUGCACUACCACCACACGGUGUGCCGCGGGUCCGCCCCCGUGCAGUCGGACGUACUCGUCAUGCAGCCAGACUACCGCUUGCACCCCUCCGGCAUUCGGCUCGACCAGUACAACGUGCCCCGGGACGUGCGAAUGAUGAUGCACCCACACAUGGCUGCAGUGGGGGGCGACCACCACCCAGAGACCCGGCAGUCCCGCACGCCAGAAGGGAGGUCUGUGAAGACUCCCCCUGCCACAAAGACUCUCCCGUCAGGCAAAGAUGCGCCCAAGGCCUCGGAAGUCAAGAUGGCUCACUCCCCGCACAGUGAGCCCCGCCUCCUCAGCAGCCAGCUGCCAGGACUGCCUCUGACGCAACCAGUCGUCGUCCCUCACGGCGUGCAGAUCAUGCACCCGGCGGGCACCUCCUUCCACGAUUACAGGACGGUCUACGGGGACAUGAGGAGCUACCACCCAGCGGCUCAGCUAGGUCAUCCUCAGUUUUCCGGGGCAUCGCCAAUCGGGCUGCCUUCUCGGAGUAUGACCCCCUCACAGGGUCUGCCAGAAGGGGAACACACCCACCCCAGCCAGCCAGCUCAUAGCAAGACUCCCCAGCUCUCCCAGGAGCCCAAGGGAGCCCAGGCGGCAGGAGCAGACCCCACUCACCACCCAGUGGCUGUCAACCGGCACAUCCAGCAGAUCGACCCCCACUUGCACCUUCAGCGCAGCCAGGCAGAUGCAGGCCAGACCUCCUACCCGUCUCCCGUCGCUAUCUCUGUCAAGCAGGAACUCCCAUCCCCACAUCAGGCCCCAGUGCAGAAGCCGGCGCUCUUUAUCCCAACGACCUCUGGGCCUGGGGCUCCUCCAGGGCUGCCCCUCUCCCGGCCCGAGCCCCAGUCGGUGCUGAAGCAAGACCUUGCACCUCAUCCUGUUUCCCAGAGACCGGUGGACAUGGUCCAGCUGCUGACCAAAUACCCCAUUGUCUGGCAGGGUCUCCUGGCCUUGAAGAAUGACACGGCGGCCGUCCAGCUGCACUUUGUCUCCGGCAAUAACGUCCUGGCACACCGCUCCUUGCCAGCCCCAGAAGGGGGGCCUCCCCUGAGGAUUGCUCAGCGCAUGAGGCUGGAAGCGUCGCAGUUGGAGGGCGUGGCGCGCAGGAUGAUGGUGGAGAGCGACUAUUGCCUGCUGCUGGCCUUGCCUUGUGGACGAGACCAAGAGGAUGUUGUGAACCAGACAGAGUCGCUCAAGGCAGCCUUCAUUAGCUACCUGCAAGCCAAGCAAGCCGCUGGCAUCAUCAACGUUCCCAACCCUGGCUCCAACCAGCCUGCCUACGUCCUACAGAUCUUCCCACCCUGCGAGUUCUCCGAGAGUCACCUCUCCCGCCUCGCCCCAGACCUCCUCGCCAGUAUCUCAAACAUCUCUCCUCACCUGAUGAUUGUCAUUGCAUCGGUCUGAGAGUGGCUUACAGUUACGGACUUCUUUCUCCAAGGCCCUACAGCAAAAACAGAGAGACAGUGAAUGACAAAGGAAGGGAGGAUGGACGGAAGAGAUUGGACCCUCCUGCCCAAAACUCUGGCUAUGUAGUGGCCGCCAUUCUACCUUGUAUGUUUACAUAUUGCUCUAGUGAAGACAGACACCUGAGGCACUUCAACGAGGCAGACUGUUCCUGGGAGCUGGUGCCUCCUUGUGGGGGAAAUGAAAGGAAGGCUAUUUUUUUUUUUAAACUUACGAAAUAACUUAAAAACAAAAAAAGGAGGAGGAACCAGAACUGCCUUUGCACUAAAUCAGUGACUUUGGACCUUUGCACAGUUAAAGAUUUGUUGUGGCGUUCAGGGUGGAUGUCUCGAUACACGCACGAACUUGCGUUGUGGACUUAGAAAACGCAGGACCUGGGAACUUCUGCUCCAGUCUGCGGGUCAAGGAGCAUUUCACGAUGUGUCUCCCCACUCCUUCUCCCGGAUGACCCCGCGCGCUGCCCCCCCCUCCCCCAAUGCUGCAGUUGCCUCCUCUUCCUCCUCCAUCAUCUGGGAUGUACAGUUUACACUGAAGCAAAGCAAAACACAAAAGGGAGAGAACUAUUUUCCUUCCUGGUGGGAUAUGCAGGACUCUGUGGGUGUGUGUACAUAGAAAUAUAUAUAUAUAUAUAAUAUAUAUAUAUAUAUAAAUAUAUAAUACUGACUUUAAAAAGAAAUCUGAUCCCCACAACAUACUUUUUUUUAAUCUGUGCCAAAAAAUGUGUUUUCAGAGAAAAUCUUAUUUUCAUACUCAGACUUUGUAUUUGUCACUCAUUUGUAAGUGUGCUUCAUUUAGACAUUGCCGCCUCCUCCCCGCCUCUCCCUGUUCCUUCACAUGUGGAAGUGUUAUACACUUGUACAGACUUUUUAUCUCCUCCUCCUCUUCCUGUCCUUGUCGUCCUAACAAUUAAUUUAUGGAAAUGUUUUCUCAGCGCCGUUUUGUUUUGUGUGUCCAUUGGAUUACAAACUUUAUUAAAAAAUACAAGACAUUCCA